AUGAGAGAUGUACUCGGGUUGGAUUUCUCACCACUUACCGAGUCACUGGAGGAGAAGCUCUACACAUUAGGUGUCGUUGUGAAUGUCUUUCUCACUAUGCCUCUUCUUGUGCUUUGCCACAUGUUGCCAUUCAUCCUGGCUGAACUGUCGGAAUUUGAGCAUCUUGUCGUAAGUAGCGGGGCCGAAGAAGCCCUUGAAGCUCGGCCUGGAGCGCACAAAUUGAAGUUGCUCACUCGGAAAGGAUUUGUCAAACAGGCCCUCCGAUAUGGUGCAUCGUUGGUUCCCGUAUACACAUUCGGAGAAAACGACCUCUAUCAUCAGCUUGACAAUCCUGAAGGAUCGUUUGUGCGGAAGUUCCAAACAUGGUCGAAAAAACUGUUUGGUGUUUCGAUGCCGCUCUUCUAUGGAAGGGGACUGCUACAGUUGAACUUCGGCUUUCUGCCACAUCGAAGACCACUCAACACAGUUGUCGGAGCGCCAAUAACCGUUCCAGUGGUGCACGAGCCGACCGAUGAGGAAGUAGACCGUGUCCAUCGGCAGUACUGCGAAGCCCUCACAGAACUUUUCGAGCAGCAUAAAGCCCGGUUCGGAGUCUCCAAAGAAACGGAACUCACUAUGGUUUAG